CAUUGGCCUUCCCCUUGCUCUGCAACAGCUUCCCUGGAGUCAGGCAGCUCACCUCUCUCCCAUCUCGUCACCCGUCUUCAGACCACCAACAACCCCGCAAUCAACAGCAGCGACAAUGGGCGCGGGAGGUGACACGGGCACGGUCGCGUUUUACGACGCGGCCCUGCAAAGGCGCCAGGCCCUCAUGGGCGCGAGUGGUCCUCGUGCCUUGGUCAAGAACUUCAAGGUGUUCAGCAUCGCCGCCUUUGCGUGUAUCGGCGGUGUGCUUUAUGGUUACAACCAAGGCAUGUUCUCGGGCGUCCUGGCCAUGCCCUCCUUCCAGAAGCACAUGGGCGACUAUGACCCCAUGGACCGCACCGCAAGCCAGACCAAGAAGGGUUGGCUGACUGCCAUCCUCGAGCUCGGUGCCUGGCUUGGGACCCUGCUGUCCGGCUUCCUCGCCGAGGCCCUCUCUCGAAAGUUCGGUGUCCUGGUCGCAUGCGGCGUCUUCAUCCUCGGAGUCGUCAUCCAGACCACCGCCAUCACUGCCGGCCCCAAUGCGAUUCUUGCCGGCCGAUUCAUCACUGGUAUGGGCGUUGGUAGCUUGGCCAUGAUCAUCCCCAUCUACAACUCCGAGGUCGCCCCUCCCGAAGUGCGCGGAGCGCUCGUUGCCACACAGCAGCUUGCAAUCUGCUUCGGUAUCUUGAUCAGCUUCUGGAUUGAUUACGGGACCAACUACAUUGGCGGCACCACUCUCGAAACCCAGACCGACGCGGCCUGGCUGACGCCCAUCUGCCUGCAGCUCGCCCCCGCGGUGGUCCUGUUCGUCGGCAUGAUCUUCAUGCCCUUCUCCCCGCGCUGGCUGGUGCACCACGGGCGCGAGGAAGAGGCCCGGCGCGUGCUCGCAAGCCUCCGCGGGCUCGACGCCGACCACGAGCUCGUGGAGCUCGAGUUCCUCGAGAUCAAGGCGCAGUCGCUGUUCGAGAAGCGCACCGUGGCCGAGCACUUCCCGCACCUGCGCGAGCAGACGGCGUGGAACACGUUCAAGCUGCAGUUCGUCGCCAUCAAGUCGCUCUUCCAGACGCGGCCCAUGUUCAAGCGCGUCAUCGUCGCGACCGUGACCAUGUUCUUCCAGCAGUGGUCGGGCAUCAAUGCCGUGCUGUACUACGCGCCGUCCAUCUUCAACCAGCUCGGGCUCAGCGACAACACGACGUCGCUGCUCGCCACGGGCGUCGUCGGCAUCGUCAUGUUCCUCGCCACCAUCCCAUCGGUGCUGUGGAUCGAUCGCGUCGGCCGCAAGCCCGUGCUGACCAUCGGCGCCAUCGGCAUGGCCACGUGCCACAUCAUCAUCGCUGUCAUCGUAGCCAAGGACCAGACAAAGUUCCAGACCGAGGUGGCCGCCGGCUGGGCCGCCGUGUGCAUGGUCUGGCUCUUCGUCGUCCACUUCGGCUACAGCUGGGGCCCCUGCGCCUGGAUCAUCGUUGCCGAGAUCUGGCCCCUCAGCAGCCGCCCGUACGGCGUUUCCCUCGGCGCCUCGAGCAACUGGAUGAACAACUUCAUCGUCGGCCAGGUCACCCCGGACAUGCUCAAUAAUAUCACCUACGGCACCUACAUCAUCUUCGGCCUGUUGACCUAUAUGGGUGCUGCCUUCAUCUGGUUCUUUGUACCCGAGACGAAGCGGUUGACUCUUGAGGAGAUGGACGUCAUCUUCGGAUCCCAGGGCCUCGCCCAGGCAGACUUUGAGCGCAUGGAGGAGAUCAACAACGAGAUCGGCCUCGCCCAGAUGCUCCGUGGCAGCUCCGGCGGCGCCGGCAGCGAGAUCGCCGUCGACUCGGAGAAGAGGAAGGUUUCCGAGAACGAGUAAAGGAUUUGCGAUUUGCUCCCGGGAUCUGGGGGAUUGCGUGUUUGGGUGGAAUACACCCACGAAGUUUUGGGGCCGAGGUGGUUUGGUGUCGAUAAUGGAUGGGGAGAGGGACUAAUUUGACGAUGCGGAUACGGAUUUGAGAU